UUUGAGGCUGUCAAGGAGGAGUCAGACUCGUGGAUAAAAGAGGAGAGAGACUGUGCCGAGGAGGAGGCAGAGGACGCAGCCAACAUCCAAGAAGAUAAUGGAGAGCAAGAGCAGAUCUGCACAGAGUCAUCGUCUGAGUUCUUUCCAUGCCCUCACUGCACUGUCUCCUUUACUGAUGUGGACUUCCUGGAGAAGCAUGUCAAAUGGGUCCACCAGAAACAGUAUCUGGCAAAGCUGAAAAAAUGCCUCUCCAGCCGCAAUCUGAACCUCAUCCCCAAACACACCUGCACUGUCUGCAACAGCACCUUUAACUCUAAAGUACACCUUAGAGUCCAUGUACAAGAAGUGCAUCCUUCUGCUCCUCCUCGCAGGCUCCACCCCUGCCCAACCUGUGCACGCAGCUUCCAGUACCUGAAGAAUCUCAAGAAUCACUGUCAGCGCUGGCACAACAUGUCUGUGGUGACCAGAGGUGGACAUCUCAGCUGCGCUGACUGUGGGAAGAGUUUCAAAGCUACCUGGGGUCAAGGGCCUCAUUUGUGUCAUGAACCAGAUAACACUGAAUCUGAAGAUAAACCAAUCUGUCUGGAUAUUGGUGUGCAGUGUCCAGAGUGUGGCAAAAAGGUGCGCACACCUCAAAGCCUGGAGGAUCACAUGCGUACCCACACAGGUGAUCGGCCAUUUGUCUGCAAGGAUUGUGGCCGGAGGUUCGUGGAGCGCAGUGGUUGGCGUCAACACAUGAAAAUACACACAGGGGAGAAGCCGUACAAAUGUGAAGUGUGUGGAAAGGCCUUUCUACGGUCACACCACCUCAAGUGCCACUUAACCACACACUCUGGCAAGAAGGAAUACUCUUGCUCUGAAUGUGGAAAGGAGUUUGGCUUUAAGUCAAGUCUUGAUCUCCACCUGAGGACACAUUCCAGUGAGAAACCCUUUCACUGCAAUGUGUGCGGGAAGAACUUUAACACUCGGAGGAACCUGAGGCUUCAUGCCAAACUCCACACUGAUGAGAAAGCUCACCAGUGUGGGGACUGUGGGCUGAAAAUUGGAGAUCUUGGGGCUUUGAAAAUACACCUGCGGACGCACACCGGUGAAAGGCCUUAUCAUUGCACAGUCUGUGGCAACAGGUUCAUUCGCCUCGCACAUCUGCGAAACCACCAGCGCACCCACACGGGUGAGAGACCGUACAAAUGCACUGAAUGCGACAAGAGUUUCACUCAAUCUGGCGACCUGGUGAAGCAUAAGAGGAUACACUCUGGUGAGAAGCCUUUUGAAUGCCCAGACUGCCACCGCCGUUACACCUCCUCCGGUGAUCUAGGCAAACACCGAAGAAGCCACACCAACCUGCGUCCCUACACGUGUCAAGAAUGUGGAAAAAGCUUUCGUUUGUCAGGCCAUUUGAAAACUCACAUGUUAACUCACACCGGGGAGAAGCCGUAUUCCUGCCCCAACUGCCUUCGCAGGUUUGCUCGCUCUCACCACCUUUCGGGUCACGUGGCCAAAUGUCGCUGAGCCUUCUUGAGUGGGUUGUAAAUAAGCUAAGUCAGACUUUAAAGUGGUCAUUACGGGAGCUGUAUACAGUCUAUACUACUAGAUUUUUUUUUUAUGAAAGUCAAAGUUAAAGUCAAACUCAUGUUUUGUAAAUAAUUAUUUAUAAGAACUGUCUGUAACACUCUAGACUAUGAUGAUUGUUUUAACUUAUUAUGAAAGCUGAUAUGAGAUCAUGACUCACAUUUAUGUCUUUACAUGGAACUUUAUUGAUGGGUCUUUAUGGCCAUUAUGAUUUUGGAUCAGAAUAGGUCUAAACUGGUUUUGCAAAACACUAAUUAUAAUGAAGUUAUGAAGAGGAUGUGGUA